CACAUAAACACACACACACACAAUUAAAAACAGAGGAGAGAGAGAUAAAGUAGUCAAUACUUUUUUAGAUCUACUUCCCCUGCUUUCAAGCUCACUCAUAAAUUCAUUCACGAGUUCUUCAAUGCAGACAUACCAAUCUGACCAAACACCUCACACAUUUACUCACAUUUCUUCAAAUUCACUUUACAUUUCAACCUCUUUAUGUCUGAUACGUGUUUCUUCAAUUACUAAGCAUUCAAUUUGGAAUUGAUCUGGUUGUUCUAUAGUAAAUUGUCCAUGUGAUCACAGAAUUUGUUGAAUUAUGGUUUUAGUAAUGUGGGUUUGAAUGUUUGAAAGUUGAAACACGAGAUCAUGUUCAAGUCGGCAAGAUGGCGCAGCGACAAGAACAAGAUCAAAUCGGUAUUCAAGCUGCAGUUUCAUGCAACUCAGUUAAAACAGGUAGCCGGGGACACUUUGAUUGUCUCUAUCGUUCCUGCGGAUACUGGAAAACCGACAACAAAAUUAGAAAAAUCCAAAAUUAAAGAUGGAAGCUGUUAUUGGGAAAAACCACACUAUGAAACUGUGAAGUUUGUUCUUGACCCCAAAACUGGAAAGUUUCAUGAGAAAAUCUAUAACUUUGUUCUCGCAACAACGGGCUCUUCAAAAACUAGUAGUCUUGGGGAAGUUUCAGUUGAUUUUGCAAGUUUUACUGAAGCUGCAAAGAUUUGUUCUUUAUCUCUUCCUCUGAAAAAUGCAAAAUGUGCUGCUUUUUUGCAUGUAUCAAUUCAAAGGGUUCAAGAGUCCUUAGACCAAAGGGAGAUCGAUGCAAGUGAAAAUGCAAAUCGCCAUGAAAGGACUUUGAGGGCUCAGUUAAGCAACACCGAUGGAGAAGAAUCCUUUAGAAUCAAUCCUAGUGAAGAUCAUGUGGCUUUGACCGAUAAUAGAGAUCGUCUGGGAUCAAGCGGGUCUGACAUCACAUUAUUGGCUUCUGACAUCAGCUCAGCAGGACCUGAAACCUUACGAGAACCAGAACCAAAUCACGAACCACCGGCUGCAACUAUCUACGAGGAGCAGCACAUGUCACAAUGGGAUUGGUUAGACGGUUCACCUACCGAAUUGAGCACAGAUGAUUCAUCACCGGGGGAGACUGUUUUAGAAGAGAUACGCGAAGACAGUUCACCAGAAGCCAUUAUCAAAAAGCUCAAAACCGAACUCGAGGUUUUGGCUAGGCAAGCAGACGUUACUGAGUUAGAGUUACAGACUCUUCGUAAGCAAAUUGUGAAGGAAAGAAAGAAGGGUCUAGAACUUUCUAGAGAAGUAAGUGCGCUGAACGAAGAAAGAAACGCGCUCAAAGAGGAGUGUGAAAAGAUCAAGGGAACGGACGAAAUCAAAGUCAAAGGGGAUCCAUGGGAUCUUGUUGAUGAACUGAGACAAGAACUUAACUAUGAAAAAGAUUUGAAUUCGAAUCUCCGGUUACAGCUUCAGAAAACACAAGAAUCGAACGCUGAGUUGAUUCUUGCAGUGCAGGAUCUUGAUGCAAUGCUUGAGCAAAAAGAUUCGGAUAUGUUAAAGUUAAAGUCGAAAUGUUCCGAAUUGGAAAAUGUUAAAUCCGAGACAGAUGACGACGAAGAUCAAAAGGCUUUGGAAGACAUCGUGAGACAACAUACCGGUGGUAUGCAGGAAGCACGAUUACUAGAGCAAAAGAUAAACGAUUUGUAUGGCGAAAUCGAAUCGUACAAAAGAGAUAAAGACGAGCUUGAAAUGCAAAUGGACCAAAUGGCGCUUGAUUACGAGAUCGUAAAGCAGGGAAACCAUGAUUUGUGUUAUAAGCUUGAGCAAAGUGAGCUUCAAGAACAAUUAAAUACGCGAUACGAAUGUACGUCUUAUGAUGUCGUCAAUGAACUCGAGAGUUUAAAAAGCGAGGUAAAAUUGAAAUCUGAAAAACUUUCGGCUUCGGUUCUUGCUAUUGAAGAACUUGAAAGCGUUAUAAAGAACUUGGAGAAAGAUUUGCAAGAUCAAGCUGACGGGUUUGAAGCGGAUAUUGAAGAUCUUAUAAACGCAAAAGUCGAGCAGGAACAACGAGCCAUUCGUGCGGAAGAAAGCCUAAGAAAGAUGAAGUUUCAAAAUGUGAACACGGCAGAGAGAUUGCAAGAGGAAUUCAGAAGGCUUUCGGCACAAAUGAAUUCUAGUUUCGAAGCAAAUGAGAAGGUAACGACCAAGGCAAUCAAUGAAGCGGAUCAGCUUCGUGUAGAGAAACGGUAUUUGGAAGAUAUGGUCAAGAAAGUUAAACAAGACUUAGACUCUCUUAACAUAAGCUAUGAAGAAAAACUGGUUAACCUUUCGGGUCAAAUAAGUCAAAAGUCAAAAGAACUUGAGUUGAUGGAGAAACAGAUGUCUAGUUACAAAAAUGAGAUUGAGAGGCUAAAAGAAGAUAACAAGAAUCUUGAAAAUGUUAAUAAGCAAAAGGGUGAGGCGUAUGAACGAUUGCAGUCAGAGAUUGAGUGCUAUUAUAAAUCUCGAUACGAUGAGAUGAAGUUGUCAUUGAUGAAUGAUGAAACUGAAAAAGAGAAGCUGAGGAAGCAGGUCUCUCAACUAAAAGAUGAGAUUAAGAAGAAUGAAAAUGCUUUGAUUAGCAUGGAGAAGAAGAUUAAGGAGGGAAGUAAAGUUGUUUCGAAAACUAAUACCCGAAGCUCGAAAGAAGUAAACAAUCUGAAAAACAAAAUAGAGUUACUCGAGGGCCAGAUAAAAACAAAGGAAACCGCGUUAAAGAGCUCUGAAAAUUCUUUUCUUGAGAAGGAAAAAGAUCUUCAACAUAAAAUCAAAGAGUUGGAAAGAAGACAGCAGGCUCUUAAUGAAAGCACUUCUAUUUCUCAGGCAUCUACAGCUGAAGAAAUGGCAUUAUUAAAGAAGUUAAACAAAUCCAUGGAGGUUGAACUGAUGGAAAUGCAAGAAAGAUAUUCAGAAAUAAGUCUUAAAUUUGCAGAAGUGGAAGGUGAAAGGCAACAACUUGUAAUGACUCUAAGAAACCUCAAGAACUCGAAGAAAUGCUAGCGAUAAUAUAUACAUAUGGUGGGGCGCUCAAUUUUUAAGUAGAGAACUGUUUAAACACUUGGACGCACAAGGUUUUGUGGUUACGUAACCAACUUAUGUAUCCAAUUAAAACAAUAAAUACAUGUGUUUAUAACGUUUUUGUGGUUCUCUACUUGAAAUUAAAACGACCCUCUAUAUAUAGUGUGAUGUAUAAAUCAGUAAUAUAUGCUUUUAUUUCAUUUUUUUUUUUUCAAGUUUUGUUUAUCUUCAACGAACGUUAUGUCCAUUUUAUGGAUAAAUAUAAGAUAUACAUAGUUUGAGAUAAUUGAUAAUA